AUGAAGUGGGGCAACGAGGCCAUCGCCGGCUACGCGCAGUAUUUCCACCUGGCCGCCUGGCUGCUCCCCAGCGUCAAGUCCAUCGCCGUGCUGGCGCUCAGCUCCGUGGACGGGGACCCCGUGGCUGGCAUCUGCUACGUGGGCAACCAGAGCCUGGAGAACUUACGGGGCUUUGUGCUGGCACCACUGCUCAUCUACUUGGCCAUCGGCUCCAUGUUCCUUGAUGUCAGCACCGGCCUGACGUGGAGGUCGGGCACCGCCAGCUCUGUCUCCUACCCCAAGCAGAUGCCCCUGUCUCAAGUGUGAGGUGGGGGAAAGAGGCCAAAGGUUAGGGAAUGAGGGACACUGGCCUGCCUAAAAUGCCCUCUCACUGUUUGGUGCCAUUAAUGAACCCCUAAUGGUCCUUAUUAGCCACAGCUUGUAUAGAACAAUGCAGCUGGCAGAGGCCCCAAGCUCCAGCCCCCUCCUCCUUCCCCUCCAUUCAUAUGCAGGGAGCAUGUACUUCAAGGAGCCAGCUUAUUAUUUUGCUGGCAGAGGAGGGUAGAGGCUCACCCGUGUCUUACAGAGGGCAAGGCACAGCGGCUUCUGAGCCGUUCUGGACUAACAGCAGCUCUUCGCUUGUGGGAGGGAGGAUCUUCCUCCCUCUCCCAUCCUGAGGCGGGAGUCUGCUGGGACUGCAGGUUUUUGGGAUAUCGAUGACCAGGCAAAUGCCUUACAAUACAGACUGAAUCAAAACAUGUCUUAAUUAUACACCCCAGCUAAAUACGGGUUUCCUACAUUAAAGGAUGUAUUUAUAUAAUUAUUUGUUACCUUGUACAGAUGUGUAAAAUAUGUAUAUAUCCAAAGCUAUACAGUCUGUAAAUUUUUUUUUGUAAAAAAGUGUAGAGGCUACCCCUGUAAGAGCAAAUAUGAGUAUUCUAUUUUGUCAAUAAAAUGACUUUUGAUAAAU